AUGUCUUUUUUGAGGGGCCAUCAACACUGGGCCAUCCUCGGCCUAGUAGAUGAUGUCCAUGGCCAAGAAGAUGUUCUCAACAUACUACGUGACAUUCGCACAGACUUUCCAUAUCACCUCAAUCUAGAAUCAGCGCCUAGCCGUGAUCGUCUCAAGAGAGCUAUCUCAAGGCGAAUGCGACAUAUGCCCAACAAUAUUCCUGGUUUAUAUCGAGACGAUGCCGUUGGGGCACUAUUUGAGCUGUUCGCCCUUUGCAGCUCCGACUGGUCAGCUACUGGGUCUGCAAAACCAGAAGAAGUGAGUGGCGGCAGCUGUGAGGAGGGUAGUGAUAGCAAAAGUGACAAUCUCUUUAUAGGAGGUGGUCCUGGGGACUACCGUGGCCCCUUUGAAGAAAUCAUCCCUGAAACUGGCUAUGCCUUUACUCCUACUACAGUCAAUCUUGAUGCUCACGCUACAGAUUCGGUGGAAGAGUAUGCAAUACAAGGAGAUCAACCGGGCUUGGUGCAUACUAACAGUGGCAAAUACACCCCCAUGGACGUCGGCAUUCAUAGACAGACUUCCAGAAUAGCCGAAAAUAACGUCCAACCUUGUCAACAGAGAAAAGACAAGUACGACUGGGACUGGUUCAAAUACCAACAUGCAAACUUGAUAUUCAACGCCUUCGUGGACAUCACCUGGGCUCGGUACCCUCGCUGUCGAGAAACUAUCAGACUGUCAGACAUGAUAGGGACAAUUACAAAACCCUCGCGCACGAGCCUAUUUUCUCGAGCUAGACUUCAAGACAGAAGUCCAGACGGUGACUGGAUUCGUCUUGAUUCUCUCUCUCUCCCUAAGCUCCGUAACCAACUACAAGUGAUUCAAUCAUUCGAUCAAGACACAGAUGCUAUCUGGUGGAGCCCAAACCCCUUGGACACAACGAGGCUUGACUCGACGGAGGGUCAGUCCCGAAUAGAUAAUCAGCGUGACCUGAGAUGGGCGGUAUACCGGAGCUUCGAUGCCCCUUGGCAGGAUUGGCGAGGGCGGAGGCUUGCUGCCAUGUCCGCCUCGCAAGGGAAGCAUCCUCGCUUCUCUAUCAUUAUCCGAGAGGUUGAAGAUCUCGUCAAUAUAGCCGAUUGUAUGGAUUUCGAGUUUGAUACUAGUUCUACUACGUCCAGCGUUUGUGAGAUGUUCGGAAGACUUGGUGCAUCUGGGGAGAGUGUUUGUGGUGGUGAUCUUGCGGACAUUCUUUCUGCGAUCAUCAAUGAACCGCUACAACCUAAUAAUUGGGCUUCGGGGACAUUCUAA